AUGAGAGCUCUAAGGUACGUCAGAAGAGUCUAUUCCACUUCGAAGUGGCCGUGGAGUCGUCUGUCCAUUGGUUGCGCUAGUCACUUCGUCUCUAGCACGCCUAUACGCUUUGUGGGACAUCCUACCCCAUCCUCACAUACCUAUGAUAAUUCAGAUUGCUGGGAUCCGUUUGCAGCGGCUUCUGUUUUGCAGAAAGACUACGCAUCUGCCCUUAAAGGCACUGAAUCAGUCAAAGUCCAGCACGUCUCCCCGACGGAACUCUCGGAGGCAGCCCCUAACGUAGUUGCAUCGGACGUUUCUGUCAUCGAUGCAAGUGGAACUAAAGUUCACGUCACACCUAUUCAGUAUUUCUCCGAAAUUACGAAUACGCCGGAUUGGUUAAGCAAGGGGAUUGAUGAGAUGGGUUAUCCAAAGGUAACCCCCAUUCAAGCAUACACGAUUCCAAUCCUAGAGAAAAAACAUGAUCUUAUUGGCUUGGCCCCAACUGGAUCUGGUAAAACGGUGGCCUUUGCAGUCCCGGCAUUGAAGCACUUUAAGCCUAGUCCAGAUGGGUUACCAACGAUAAUCGUUCUCGCCCCGACUAGGGAGCUUGUGCAGCAAACGGCAAAGGUAUUUUCUCAGUUGAGCUCUGGGGUUAUUCGAGUGUGUGAGGCUUAUGGGGGAGCCCCACGAGAAGUACAAGCCCGACGGUUACACAAAGGAUGCGAUGUGCUUGUAGCGUGCCCGGGGCGCCUAAAGGACUUUUUGCAGAAUGAAGAUGUAACACUUGCUCAUAUGUCUUUCUUGGUUUUUGAUGAGGCAGACCGUCUUCUUGACAUGGGAUUCAAGAUUCAGCUUGAUGAGAUACUGAGUUACGCCGAUCCCUCACGUCCUACCCAGACAAUGAUGUGGUCGGCUACGUGGCCAAAGGGAGUUGAGGAGUUGGCACGUGAAUACCUUUCACAGGAGCGAUACACCAUCCGAGCAGGUACAGCUGGCUUGGGUUUGCAGGUAAAUAACAACAUUAGACAGCACGUUUUAUUUGCAGAUCACCCCCAGGAGCGGAUGGAGGCUCUCGUUUCACUUAUUCAAAAUGGAACCAUUGACGAAAAUACGGCAAAGAUGAUGAUUUUUGUGGAACGGCAAACCGACACAGAAAAUGCGGCGCAUCUGCUUGCAAAAAUGCUAGGCAUACACGUUCGAAACGUUAGCAUACUUCACGGUGGGAUGCCGCAACGACAACGCGACUUCGUCAUGAGUAGGUUCAAGCAUAAUCAAACCCGUAUACUUGUGGCGACAGACGUUGCUUCGCGUGGGAUCGAUUUCCCUGACGUCACUUGUGUCGUUAACUUCAUUGCGCCCAAGGGCAUUGACAGCUAUUGCCAUCGAAUAGGGCGUACAGGAAGGGCUGGUCGCACGGGAGACUCUUUCACAUUUAUUGGUCACGCCGAUGGCUCUUUAGCGAGAGAUCUUGUGGGAUACUUGAAUAAGUGUGGAAUGGAGGUCCCGCAAAGACUUUUAGACCUUGCUGAUAAGCACACCGAAUAUGAAGAGAGUCGUAGUUUUAAGCGGUCGUGGAAAGGAAGGUCUGGACGAGGCUACAAUCGCCCGAAGCGGGAGGGCCGCGCGAUGUCUCAAGGUACUGGCUGGUAA